UCGAGCUUUUCCAGUUAAAUUCCUACCCAAGUGCGAUGAGAUUAUAGCUUCAAUUUGUUGUACGUUUCUAUCAAUGGCAUAAUGCACCUGUAGAUAAGACCGGGUGUUUAUUUUGUCAAAGCCACAAGAUCACAGCUUACCCAGAUAGCGUGACCCUAGCGGUGGUCGGUCAUCCAGACCCAUCAAAGGUUUUGAUUAUGUCAUUACUCAAACAAGUUGGCGUUGUAUUCAUAUGUGGUGCCAAGAGAUUACUCAGCCAUCGACGCCAAGUGUAAAAUAGUCACGUGGGCCAAGGACUGAGGCAUUUCUGAGAUAUUUUUACCAAAAUUAGGCAUCUUUCGGCUCUCACUAUUGCUUCAGCAUUUGCAACCAGUUCCUGGGAGGCAAAUAGAAGGGAUAUUAUGUCAGCAUGACCCACACCAUAUAAAAUCAUUCAGUGCGAAUGUGCUGCGACACUACGCGGCAAUGAAGCGGUCCGUGCUCACCCUGCUGCUGGCCUGCAUGGCUGCAGCUCAAAAGUCCACCGACCAGUGGCUCACGCCACCCUCCAACCCCCAAGAAACAGAACUUUCCUGCGAGGUGCAGGCGCACCACAAGAUACGCUGUGGCCCUGACGGAAUCUCGUCUACAGACUGCGAAGCCAUCAACUGCUGCUUUGAUGCUAACCUGUGCUACUACGGCAGACAUGUGACUCUCCAGUGCACCAAGGAUGCCCAGAUGAUCGUGGUUAUCAGCAGAGACGCCAGCCUGCCCCGCAUCGACUUGACGACCCUUUCGUUCAUCUCCAGCGGGCCCGGUUGCGGACCGGUUGACAGCACGUCGGCUUUUUCCAUCUACCAGUUUCCGGUCACGGCGUGCGGCACUGUAAUCAUGGAGGAGCCUGGUGCUAUAACCUAUGAAAACGCCAUGUCGGCCUCCUACGAAGUCGAUGUUGGACCGUAUGGAGCGAUUACCAGGGACAGCCGAUUUGAGCUAGCCGUUCAGUGCAGAUAUGUCGGCACUUGCGUUGAAGCCAUUGUCACCAAGGUGGACAAGGUUCCGGGACCCCCUCCGGUUGCAGGUCUCGGCCCCUUGAAGGUGGAGCUCAGGCUGGGCAGCGGCCGACGCACAGUCAAGGGUAUUAUGGACGAGGACGUGGUCUUCAACGACUUCUACGCUGAAAGUGAAUAUCCGGUGACAAAGGAACUCAGGGAGCCUGUGUAUGUUGAGGUCCGGAUGCUGGAGAGGACCGAUCCCAACCUGGUCCUGACUCUUAAGCGAUGCUGGGGCACUGCACAUUCCUACCCUUACAGCAUGCCUCAGUGGGAUUUGCUGGUUCAUGGGUGCCCAUACGUCGAGGACCGCUACAAGACAACCCUGGUGCCGGUUGUCUCCUCAUCACGCCUCGAGUUCCCCAGCCAUUAUCGCCGGUUUUUCUUUAAGAUGUUCACGUUCAUGUCCACCACGACAGACAAUACUGGCAAGGGAGGAUCAGCGGCUCAACAGAUUAUAAGUCCGCUCAAGGAAAAGGUAUACAUUCACUGUGACACGACAGUGUGCGUCCGCCAGCAGGGAAACAACUGCGAGCCUCAGUGCUACAGAGGGAGUAAGUCAUGUUCCUAUUUGAUCUACGGUCAUUUCCGGACUAUAAGCCGCGGGGCUUAUGCUAAGAUGCGGAUUUAUUUUUGCAUUCUUUGUAACGGCCGCCGGGGGCGCUCGAGCAGAAAAAGGUGGAAUAUAUGUGUCGAGGAAUACGCAACUUUAAUGUAACGUCGUGCUUUGUGCAUGAAUAAACGUAAACUUGGCAUAGAUUAAUCGACGGUGAGAUGCUGGAAACGGCUGCGGGAAGAACUGGAGGGAUGUAAAAAGACGAAAAAAGCUUUCGGAGGUAAUAAAAGCAGGUAGCCUGAAGCGUGUUGCUGCUGUGUUAUUGCUGCGUCACAGGCACUGUUUGGAAAGUAACGCUAAGGUACUUCAACUUUGAAAAGUCUUUCUGUGUACCAUCUUUCUUUAUAAAUAUCUCAUGUUUCAAUGUGGGCACAUGCAGCUUAUAUACAGGUGCGGCUUAUGCAUGUACAAACUGGUGUUUCCUUUAAAAAAAAAAUGUACUGGGUGAGGCUUAUAAUCAGGUGCGGCUUAUAGUCCAGAAAUUACGGUUUUUACAGUCAAUCUAACUACACCAUGUGCUGUCUUUUUAACUUUGUAUUAUGUGACCUCACAACUGCCCAUAACGACAAUGUUCAAUUUUUAUUCCCGCACAGAGCGAGACCUUGCCGUAACCAAACAACCAACCCCCGAGUUUGACAGCGCUCUGGUUAGCAGUCUGGAGAUUCAUUUUAUAGACCCAAACUAAAAGCGUGGAACUGUAUCCGCUGGGAUCGACAAGAAAUACAUCCCGCUCUACAAUAAAACGUGAGCGUUGAAAAUAAACACUGACGUCAACGAAGGUGUUGCAUCUUUGGUCAUUAUUUCCUAGUUGGAGACCACGAAAUUGCUCAAGUGAUAUGAUGUACAAUUUGCAUAAGAAAAUUGCUUCAAAAACAAAAUUAUACUUCAUACAGGAUCGAAGUGGUGUUGUUUUCUACUCUGCAGCCACCUUGAAAAACUCCACAUGUCAUGAUAGAUAUAUCCACCCCUUUUCUUAUCCUCACAAGGGUGAUAAUCCAGUAAAAAUAUGAUUGUGAAAAAUGUUCGAACAAACUCUUUCCUGACAUAACUAAAAACCUUUGUAUACCUCCACCUGGUCUUGAGCACUCCAAAUGUCUUCCGUUGUGAUUCACGUGACAGAGUGGCACAA